GAGAAUGAAGGAUACAGUGUUAAGCCUCAGGGGACCAAAGGUUAGGAAAGGCAGGAGGAGGUAUCAGACACUAAGGAAUAGUUUACAUGCUAGAGUCAAUGCCGAGGUGUAAACUCUAGCACACUGCGCUGUUCCUCAAGAGCAAAGUUGACUAGUCUUAUCUGAUUUGAGCUGAUAGAAGCUAAUAAGCAGGAUGUAACUCAAACAAAACAGACGUAAAUCUCAUAUAAAUGCACAUGGUUAGGCAUGUGCUACUGAGACAUCAUGCAAAGUUAUGUGUUUCAUAAACGGAAAUAACAUCAGACAAAUGUGGCUUGCUCACAUGGCACACUGGUGCCAGUGAAACUAUAAACCACAAGCCUUCUGAGGCACAAACACAGGAAGAAAGGAGUGGUCACUGUAUUCUUUAUUUUUUUCUAAUGUACCCUUGCAGUUUACAAUAACAUUUCCUAGAAAGUAUUUUCCACAAAAACAGAUCCUCUUGCUCCCUCGGCUUCCUUGUUUCCAUAGCGCAAUCUGUUUCAACUCCUUGUGUAGUAGAGAGAAGUAUUUAUUAUUUAUUUAACACUUUAACGAGGAUGGACCGUUUUAGGGAGGAGAACAAAUACCUGAGAACAUUUUCAGCCCCUUCUCAGUGGGCCCCUCUCACUUUUUGUGUUCCCACAGUGGAGUAAAGAGGACUAUCUAGUAAACGUGGCUUUCUUUUCCAUUGCUAGGUGGGGUAAUAUCAUACAUCGGAUCGUGUGGAGGCUCUCCCAACCGCACCAGCCCUGUGUCCAUGUACAGUGAGAAUUCCAACAGCAGCAUGCAGUCCUUUACACAACCCUGCUUUGGCUCGUCAUUCCCACCUUCUCCCAACGGAUCCCAUGAUUCUUCGCGUAUGUACACCAGCAGCAGCAGCAGCAGCAGCUCUAGUUCAGGAUCAGGAGAGGACGGAAACUCAUCGUGCUCUGGUGGAUCCCCAAGAGGCCGCGAUGAUGGUGGAAGUACACGCAGUUCACCCAACAAAUCAGUUGCCACCCUUACUAAGCUGAAUGGAAUGGUGUUGCUGUGCAAAGUGUGUGGCGACGUGGCUUCCGGAUUUCACUAUGGUGUCCAUGCCUGUGAGGGCUGCAAGGGUUUCUUUCGACGCAGCAUCCAGCAGAACAUCCAGUACAAAAAGUGCCUUAAGAAUGAAACCUGUACCAUUAUGAGGAUCAACCGGAACCGGUGCCAGCAUUGCCGUUUUAAAAAAUGUCUGUCCGUGGGAAUGUCCCGGGACGCUGUUCGUUUCGGCCGUAUCCCGAAACGCGAGAAACAGCGUAUGCUGGCCGAGAUGCAGAACGCCAUGAACAACAUGGUGAACAACCAGCUUCAGAAUGAAUUCCAGCUGGCGAGCAUCACAUCCAACACCCCCUGCUCUUCCUCUUCAUCCCCAUCCACCUCUUCCUCAUCUCCAUGCCCGGGGCUUACAGUGGGACCGCAACUCCAGCCCCCCGGAGUGCCCAUAGCACCAUCCCCUUCACCUCCGACCCCAGCCUCUCCUUCGGUGCAGCUGGCUCAGAGUCCCUCAGCUCUGACGGCUUCUCCACCACCGUGCUCCAGUCCAGGUGUAGACAAAACCAUCGCCGCCAUAACCAGAGCACACCGUGAGACCUUCAUCUACGCCCAUGAUAAGUUGGGUCCAGCUCUUCUGCCUCACAACGGUGAGCUAGACAACCAAAGCAGCAACCGCUGCAUGGCUGGAUACCACCUCAAUGGCGCCAACACCAUUUACCAUCAUAAUAAUAAUGUCACUCAUCAUUGUAACAACUUUGAGGUGCCACCAGAAAAUGGCCUUCAUUUUCAAGCCUCUGGACAGCAGGACAAUAACAAUGGUCAGCGACCUCCAAACAGUAACCUCUUUGGCGUCCACCACAGUCAGGAGAUAAACAGCAGCUCCCACGGGCAGAACUGUCCGUGGAAAAAACACAAAGAGAUUCUGCUGGCUUGUCCAAUGAACAUGCAUCCUUACUCAGACCCCAACAAAACACCACAGGAAAUCUGGGAAGACUUCUCUCUUAGCUUCACCCCAGCUGUCAGAGAGGUGGUGGAGUUCGCCAAACACAUCCCAGGGUUUAGCACAAUAUCUCAGAACGACCAGGUCACGCUACUGAAGGCCGGAACCUUUGAGGUCCUCAUGGUGCGCUUCUCCUCUCUGUUUAAUGUAAAAGAGAGGACCGUGACGUUCAUCUCGGGCACCACCUACAGCCUGGAGGCCCUGAAAAGCAUGGGCAUGGGCGACCUGCUGGGAACCAUGUUCGACUUCAGUGAAAAACUCAACGCAUUAGAGCUCUCAGCAGAAGAACUGGGACUCUUCACUGCAGUCGUGCUGGUGUCUGCAGACCGUUCUGGCAUUGAAAAUGUGAAUUCAGUGGAGAUGCUUCAGGAAAGUUUGAUCCGGGCUCUCCGAUCCCUUGUCAGCAAGAGUGCCCCUAAUGACGCCUCUCGAUUCACCAAGCUGCUGCUCAAACUUCCAGACCUGCGCACGCUGAAUAAUAUGCACUCAGAGAAGCUGCUCUCUUUCCGCAUUGACGCCUGAGGUUGCAAGAAGCUGGUGAAAGUGGGUCACCGCUGGUUGACUGAAGGACAGAAUGGGUACAAACACUAGAACUCUUUCCAAGAGAACCCACCAGAGAGCAAACUCAUGGCUUUGGCACUUAAAAGCACUCAAUGACACAUUUAAAAGGAUGCUUUGGUGUCUAAUGGUCGGCCAGUAGCCUUUAUGGCUUGAUAACCAUAAAGGCUCAUUGAGCCACUUUCAGUACUUACCUGAAAUGGGUGGUAAGAUUAAGCUAAUAAAGCAGACAAAAAAAACCUGGCAUUUGGAGUACAUGGGGAACAAGUGCAGAAUGCCUUUUGUAAAGAGUCGUAGCCAAGCCAGAAGGAUCUCCAGGUCACUUCCAUACAUGUGACGACGGCAGAAAAAUGUCAAGCGUCUCCUCGUGCCCAGUCCGGCCUGGGUUCCUGCUAUACCCACACUCAGAGAAAGUUAUGAUCAUUUUAACUAUAACGCAAAUGACAAGCUAUAAGGGGGAUGAAUCUUCACAAAUAAUCACAUCCCUGUGACUUUGUAAAAUAUGUGUAAAUAUGAUAUAUAUACUUUAAAUCUUUUGAAAUGUAUAAUAUAUUUUUUUUUGUAAAGUUCACAUGCUCAACGCAAAUGAUAAAUCUAUUCAAGCACAGAUAUAUAAGUAGAGUGUAUGCAUAUUAUAGACAUCAAGACAUGUAUUUCAGUUGUCUUCUUCAUAAAGGCAUUUUAUGAAACGAG